CCUUAUAAUUCUGAGAUGAGAAGAGUUAGCAAAAAGAGGGACUUGGGUUAUAUUGAUGUUGUUAGCAAUUCCCAGAAGUCAGGACCACUCCGGGGAAUGGAGUGGAGAGGGUCCCUUAAUACCUUCUAGGUUGCUUUCCCAAAGGAGCAGAAGGGAACUCUGGACAAGAUAGGAGUCAAGGAGAGGUUAGCAAAAAGUUGCUAUUUAGGUUUAUUUUUCCUUUCCUUUUCUUUUCUUUUCUUCCAAAAUGGGUUAAGUUUCUGGAAUUAUCCCCAGUGUUUCAGGUAUUUUUCUUGCCAUCUUAAAAUGACUAAUUGUCAAACUACUAUUUAAUCAUUGCUUUCAAAACUUUGAGAAUCUGAUAAGAUAUUAUUUUAAUUUUAAUUAGCUAACUUUAUUUCUGUAAUUGGCCAGACCUGUAGUCCACUGAAAAACUGUUAGGCUUUUAAAGAAAUUUUUCCAGCAUUCUAACUAUAGAAAUUUUUUUUUUUUCAUGCUGGUUGCAUUUUAAAUCUUUCCUGGGAACAAAAUCUAGCUCACAGAACAAAUGUGACACAGAUUUUCUACACAAAGAUAUAGAUAUAAACAAAAUGACAUGAAAGAGAACUGUUCCAUCUUUACCAAAAGUCAUAAAAUUUUGCCAAAACCUAUCCUAUAGCACUUCAUCUUCUUUGGUGUCCCAGAGAAGGUGAGAGGGUGGCAAAGUUAAUUUUCCCAAAAAUUGCAAAAUUUCCCAGUCUGGGCAUCCCAGUCGAGGAAAAUUUACUGAGAAUAGAGCUUAUGACAAGCCAGACAAGCCUUCUUCCAAUGGCUUGGGGUAUACCAGCUAUAGGUUUAAGGGAGAAAAAAAUUGGGAGACUUACCUUGACAAGGAAAGAAUCAAGCCAGGGGAAGUCACACUUUCCCCAUAUUGGGCCAUCAAAUGUUUAGGUUGGGAAAGGGGACUCCAAAAGUUUGGAAUGUCACACAAACCAGUGUCACAAGGUAUUUGAAAAGAAUUUGCAGGCUUGAACCCAUAUCCAAAUCAAGGGACAAAGUUUAUUAUAAUUGUGAUGCCAAUUGUAGCAGACUAAAUUCCAAAAGAAAUUAGCAAGGGACCUAAGAGCAUAGGAUAGAUUUUUAAGGCAAAAUUGGUCAGAGCUUCAUGCUACUUAUUUGCUAAUUUUAUAGAUAGGUUUGAGGGGUAGUCUUAUUUACUAUUGUCUCAGGAAUUUGGUUAUUGCUGACCAUUAGAUUAUCUAUCUGACAACUGGUAAUGUUUGUAGCACUAUUCUAAGGCCAGAAGACUUUGAAAUCAUUGAUAGAUUGUUAGAACAAGAGCACUUAGGUCAAAGUGUUUCAGGAUUACUAAUAUAUCUUUCCUAAAAUCCAAGGGAAGAAAUAUUAUUACAUUUCUAGGCCAGAGGACUUCCUCUUAGGUCAGAGGGCUUUAGGAUUAGUAAUCCUCUACAAUUGUUGACAGACAGGAUUGUUAGAAUAGGAGCACUCCUAGGUCAGAUUACAUUACUAGAAAGACUGUGUCUGAAGAAAGGAUAAUAAUGCCACAUUGGUCUGAAUACAGGUUGUAUUUUCCCUCAUACCUGGAGACCUAGUUCCUAUCCCCAGCCAAUCAGAGAGAAAAAGGUAAGACUAAGGACCAACCCUGAGGGCAGUAAGGGGCUACUGAGAUCAUUAUGGCCUCAGCUACUUCCCUAACCACCCUGGAAGAUGAAGUCAAUUGCCCCAUCUGCCAAGACAUUCUGAGAGAACCUGUUACCAUUGACUGUGGCCACAACUUCUGUCGGGGAUGCCUUACACGCUACUGUGAAAUCCCUGGUCCUGGUCCUGGUGAGCAACCCACCUGCCCCCUCUGCAAGGAUCCCUUCUGUCCUGGAGGACUCCGGCCUAAUUGGCAACUGGCUAGUGUUGUGGAAAACAUCGAGAAGCUAAAGUUGGCACCUCCUUCAGGCCUGGAAGAGGACCUCUGUGAAGAACAUGAGGAAAAAAUUUACUUCUUCUGUGAAGAUGAUGAAAAGCAGUUGUGUGUGAAGUGCCGGGAAGCCCUGGAGCACAGGACCCACACUGUGCGUUUCCUGAAAGAUGCAGCCGAUCCUUACAGGGAACAAAUCCAUAGUUGUCUAGAAUCUUUGAAGAAUGAGAGAGAAAACAUUCAAGGAAUCCAGUCCAGGGAAGAUCAAAGAAUCCAGAUCUUAUUGACUCAGGUGGCCACCAAGAGAAAAAAGGUCAUCUCAGAAUUUGAGCAUAUGUGCCAGUUUCUGGAGAGGCAGCAAUACUUAAUUUUGACCCAGCUGGAAGAAUUGGAUGGAGACAUUUUGAAGCAGAAGAAUGAGUUCGAAUCCCUUGUCCAGAGUGAGAUCUCCCGUUUUAAUGCUUUGAUAUCAGAAUUGGAGGAAAAACUCAAGCACCCAGAAAGAAAACUGCUGAAAGACAUCAGGAGUACCCUGUUCAGAUGUGAAACUAGAAAGUGCAAGAAACCAGAAGCUGUGUCACCUGACUUGGGGGAGAGGAUCCGGGAUUUCCCUCAACAGGCCUUUCAACUGCAGAGGGAAAUGAAGAUGUUUCUAGAAAAACUACUCUUUGAACUGGACUAUGAACCAGCUCAUAUACUUUUAGAUUCCGAGACAUCACAUCCCAAGCUCCUCCUAUCAGAAGAUCACCAGCGGGCCCAGUUUUCCUACAAAUGGCAGACCUCACCAGACAGUCCACAACGUUUUGACAGGGCCAUCUGUGUCCUAGCCCAAGUUGGAUUUGUGGGAGGGAGGCACACAUGGGUGGUAACUGUGGACCUGGCUUAUGGGGGUAGCUGUACCAUGGGUGUGGUGAGCCAGAAUGUCCGACGGAAAGGAGACCUCAGGCUUAGGCCAGAGGAAGGGAUAUGGGCACUGCGACUGGCCUGGGGUUUUGUUUCAGCCUUGGGCUCCUUCCCUACCAGGCUGUCCUUGGAAGAGAAUCCCAAGCAAAUCCGUGUCUCCCUUGAUUAUGAGGUGGGCUGGGUGACAUUUAGCAAUGCUACCACUCAAGAGCCCAUCUAUACCUUCACUGCCUCUUUCACUGGGAAGAUCUUUCCUUUCUUUGGGCUCUGGGGUAGAGGAUCCAGUUUCUCCUUGAGUCCUUGAGAGGGAAAAGACCCUCUGGUGAGUGAGGUUGGGGUAAAAGGGGUCAAGAGUGUGUCACAUAUAAGCUUGGUCUUACACUUGUGAAAUGGGGGAGAUUAUGUCCUAGGUCACAAGUGAAUAGCAAAAGAGGAAUUUUAACCUUGCAAAUCUACUAAUGACUCCUAGACAUUUUCCAUUGUCCUUUCCAGAGAGGCUCAGGUCAUGGCUAUUCUCCCUCCUAAACCAAGCUAGAGAAUUUCAAAUCAUUCCCCCAAGCCUACCUGUGACAGGGCAGUCAGGAGUUUAGUGGUGCCAUCCUAUGUACCCAAUAGUCCCAGACCCCACUGAUUGCCAUUCUGGAUGGAGACAACCUGAGAAGAAGAUAGGGCAAAGAACCUUGUCCAAGACUGAUGAGCUGAGAAUAUGAAACCAAAUGCUUUUGUCUUUCUUGCUUAUCCUUUUACCUCUGUGCCAGAAUCACACAUCCCUUGGGGAUAUUUAUUCUGUCUCUUACUCUCUUCCACCCUUGAGCUACUUACCAGCUAAUGCCAAUGAAAGGAAAUAGUGAGGAGAAUGAAUCAAAGAUGAUCAAGUGGUAGGAUAAGGGAAACCAUUUGUGAAAUCCUGAAUAUAGCAAGGGUUUGUGUUUUAAGAUUUAUGAACUCCAGACAAUGAAUGGCAAAUGAAUUCAACUUUUUUUUUUUUUUCCUAACCUGGACAGUAAGGGUUAUCCAAGGGGAAGGGAGGAAGGGAGAUGGAAAAAUUCAGAGUAGAAGAAGAUCAGCAGUGGGAAUAGGAUUGAGUUGAAGUAGUGAGAGAACUUUGAGAAAUGGGCUUCCCUAUGGGAUUCUGGAAAGGGGUUGUAACCACAUGUGAAAUGUGUGCAGAGUAAUAGUGACUCCCAAAAAUCUGCUUCACUCUUAUAUAUGGGCUAACAUUUUACUGCAUGAGUUGAUAGGAAAUAGAAUAAUCAUUAGUUUUGUCAUCUUUGAUUUCAAGAGGGAUUUGAGUACUAUAGCAUAAGGAACUUCCUAGUUAGAAGAACUGAGGAAGUUAAGUGAUAUCUUUGCUUUCAGUGUAUCCAUCUAUAGUGAUUUUACUAGGCUCUUAUUUAGAGAUGAAUAUACAUGAGAUGAUCCAGCAAUAACAGAAUCUACCUCUGUUGAUAGUGAAGAUGGAUUCUGAUUAAUUUUGACUCUCCGUAGUCUACAAGUAGCUAGUCCUCUCAGUUUCUUCUUUCUAUUUAAAGUCAGUUCACAAUUAUCCAAUUUUGAUUUAUUUGUAGCAAAUCUUAUUUAUAUUAUUAUUUAUUUGUUUAACUGCCUUUAUUAAAGCAUUCACUCAUAUUGCAAACUCUAUAAAGCACAGUUUUACAGAAGAAACUGAGCUGUUUUGUCCAGUAAGUGUCCAAGGUCACAUUCAAACUCAGGUCUCUCUGACUCCUGAUCUGGUGCUCAAUCCACUGAAUCACUUUGGACUAGAGUGGGAGGGGCCUGAUGGAGGCUAGAGAUGGAGCUAAUCAAUUAAGAGACUACAUGUUGUAAUCCAGGAAGGAGGAAACAAGAUUAAACAAGGUUGAUAUUAGUGGCAAUUGAAAAGAGGGCAAGUGUUGAAAAGAUAGGGGAAGAAGGAAUUGACUUGAGUUGGAAACUAAUUGGAUGAGCAUCAGAGUAGAGAUGAGAGCAGGAUGCUGUCACACAUGUCAAGCAGCUAUUUCCUCCAGACCAGACCUAAACAAUAACAACAAUAGCAACAACAUAACUCUCAAUCUCUCCUCUUCUAACAGGCAGGGAAGAAGUGAGCUGCCAAUAUGCAAGUCAUGUUCAGGCUGCAACUUUGACUCCAUUUAAGGGAAUGCUGUCCAUUCCAUGAUGAAUAAAGAAAGGUGAAGUCAGAAUGAGAUAAGAAAUUGGCAGCUUUCCAGCUCUUUGUGAGUCAGUUCUCCCUUGGGGGUUUUCUUUGUGUAAUAAUAAUAUUAAUAAUAAUAAUGACUAUGAUGAUGUAAGAUUAUCCAACUGUACCAGUGUAUGUAGAACAUUAAAUAUAAAAGAAAACUAGAAAGCAAUUUAUCAUUCUAUAUGAAUUUCCACUGAAGAAGAGAAUGAGAAAAAAAUAAUUUAAAAAAUAACUCACAUUUAUAUAGCAGUUUGAGGUUUGUAAAACACUUUCCUGACAGCACCCUUGUGAUAACAUAUGUAUAUAACAAGUAUUUUUGUAACUAUUUUACAGAUUAGGAAACAGAAACCUAGAGAGAGUAAAGUAAUUUGCUUAGGGUUAAUGUAACUAGUAAGGGCUGAAGUCAGGUUUUCUGUCACCCAAAACAGUAUUUAUUCCAUUAAGAAAUGUUAUUUUUGUUGGGAUAUACCCAGGACAUCAAUAUACCCAAGUUCUUAAAUAAGGUCAAAACUGCAUCUAGUAGUCAAAGAAAAAUGAAUUUGAAUUUACAUCAUUUUGUAUUAUUUUCUUCCUGGUGGUUUUUAUUGCUUUCAGUUAUAGGGAUUAAAUAGACUAAGUACUAUUUAUAGUUCUAUCAUUAGCUGUACAGUUUCUUGUUUUAAGCAGUUCAAUUUGGAAUGGUCAAGUCCAGGUAAAUGAAUUCAUGCUCAUCACAAAGAUGAUCUCUGGUAAGGAGAAAAAAUAUUUGGACCCAGAGCAUAGGCCUCGAGAGUUUUAAAUGACUUGCCUAUGUUUAUACAGUGUUAGAAGUAGAAGUAGAACUUAGGACUUUCUGACUUUAAAUCCAUCCCUUCAUUUUUGUCAUGCUGCCAUAACAGAGAGUUUUAUUUCAAUGCAUCCAGAAUCAGAGUCAAUAAAUAUCCAUGAUAGGUCUAUUAUGUGUCAGUAACUGUGCCAAGCACUAGGGAUACAAAGAAAGGCAUAAGCCUUUAGGAAGCUUAUAAUCUAAUAUUGGAAAACAACAAAUAAAAAGAAGCUGAAAGGGGGCAAGGAAGGUAGUAUGGGGACACAAUUAAGUCCUACAACUAGCUUAAUUGUGGUGUUUUUCUUCUUUAAAAUAAAACUAUAAGAUGGUUCUCUCUGGGAGAAUAGGUUUCUCGGGGGAGGUUUUCUUGGAGGCAGCCUUAGUAUCAGUUCAGAUCAAUAAUUACUCCAAAUGCAGCCAGCUGGUAAAAAUACAAACGUUUAUUUCUCCUUCCAAGUCUUGUCUCUUUCCUUGGGCCUGGAUAGCUAGAUUCUUAGAGGCCUAUCUUUCUGCUCGGUUCUGAGAGCUCCUGCAGCUUUGUCCUUUGUCUCUGCUCCCUUCAGCCUCCAGCCAGCACAAAGAUGAAUCUGUCUCUUUUGCCUUCUGAAGUAAUUCUCUCCUGGCUCUAGCUCAACUCCGACUUGUGGCUUCUUCUGACUUGACGCUCCCCUCUCCAUGUAAUUCAGCUGAAUUCUGUCCGAGAGCCUCUGUCUGUUUCUUAUAUAUGAGAGAGAGGAAUUGUGGGAUAUCUCCCAGCGUGCUCUCUGGCCCUAAGAGCUUCAAGGGAGGUGUGAAUUCACAAAGUAAUCUGAUAUAUUAUAUAUGUUUAAAUAUAUGUUAAAUCCAAUAUAUAUAUAUAUAAACAUAUUUGUACAAUUAUCUUGCUGCACAAGAAAGGUCAGAUCAAAAAGGAAAAAAAUGAACAAGAAAUCAAAAUGCAAACGAACAAAAAGAGUGAGAAUGUUAUGUUAUGAUCUGUAAGGGGUUGCCAACCCUCAGAUAUCUUUGGACAACCCACACGGAACGUGAUUCAAGUAAACUGAGGGCGUUGCUGUAAGGGUUGAACAAGAAGAGGCUGGGAGGAAGGAGCCCCACACCUGUGGACAACAACGUGGAGCUAAGCAGAAGGAGCCUUGCCCCUGCUGACUACAUGGCAUGUCUGAUAUGGGCAUGAGAUGGACAUGACAGAUUGGCUUAGAGAGCUCUUGCUAUGCUGAUGUAACUAAGGCUUUAAGGCUGCUGGUAGAAGCUGGAAUAAACGGAGUUUGCAUCA